CAACUGUGGAGCUUAACAUUCUCUCCUAUCCCUAACUCGACACACAUCCCCCACAAAUGACACCAUCCUUUCCCCUCCAGCGUCGCGUUAACGGAAACUAUGUGCGCACUACGCGCACUACGCAUUUUCAUCCAGCCAAUCCCCUCCUCUCCAUCGCAAUUCCCAAAUCAAAAACCCUAAUUAAUGGCCAUGCCUUUUCUUUUCUUCUUCAGUUGCUUCUUUGGAGCUCACAGAAGAUUCAAGUUUUAACUUCCCCUUCUCAAUUUUCGCUUUCUCCUUUAAAGUUUGGGAUUUUUUGUUUGCGAAUUUUGACUGAAAAACCCUAGAAGCUCGACAGCUUCCAUUUCCAAGCUCCGAGUUUUCUUUUCACUUAUCUGGGUUCCUUUUCGAAUUUGAACUGAGCACCCUAAUCCCGAGAGCUCAAAUUUUCAAGUUUGGGAUUGUAAUUUCACUGUUUUAGAUUUGUUUUACCUAAUCAGUGGCUAAAAAUCCCAAAUUUCAUUGUUUUUUGGUUCGAGAAUUCGUCCCGUUGGUUUGUGCUAAGAAGAAGCUGUGAUUGUUUCAGAGGAAUAGCAGGAAAAGCUUUCAAAUUUCGUCGAAAUGUCGGUCGAGAGGUCCUUCGAAGCUUGGGAGGAGGUGCAGCGCCAUGGGCAGGACUUGGCGGAUCGCCUCACGCAGGGAUUCACGGGUUUGAUUCAGUCUCAUAUCACUCCACCGUCGUUUCAUUGGCCAAACCCUAACACAUCGAAGCUCUUCGACCUUGAAUUCCCGAACCAGAGUUUUGGUAAGAGGGAUUUUGUUGGGUUGGUGGCUGAGAACCCGGGCAUUAAUGGGGUUUCGGCGAUUCUGGAUAUUGGUAACAGGAUUGGGCAAGCAGGGGCGGAUUUUGGUGCGUGCUUGAAUGGGAUGGUUCAGCAGUUCUUUAGGACCUUACCUGUACCGUUUAGGCAUGAUGAGAAUGUUGAUUUGGCGGUAAUUCGGAUGGAUUCAGAUAAGGUUAAGCAGAGAGCCGAUAUGAUUUUGAGUGGUAAGGAAGAUUUGGGGCCACUGAAGGAACGGUUGAAGGAUUUCAGGGUUGUGGAGAGUGACGGUGGCUCUGAUGGUGUGGUGGAUGAAGAACUUGGUGGCUUGAAUAUAAGGUCCGCUGGUCUUCUGGGUAGACCGCUGGGGACUGUAAAUACCACCACAAGUUAUGAUACUAGAACCCGUAAGCUGGAAAGUUCUUUCCUUGCAAGGGGAGACUUAUGGAGAGUAGAGGCUUCUAGUGGCAGUUCCACAUCUAGAAAUGACAAUUCAUCACUUUUCCUUGUCCAGCUUGGGCCGGUACUCUUUGUUCGUGAUGCAACUCUUCUUCUUCCUGUGCAUUUGUCAAAGCAACACCUACUUUGGUAUGGCUAUGAUAAGAAGAAUGGGAUGCAUUCUCUUUGUCCGGCUGUGUGGUCAAAACACAGAAGGUGGCUCUUAAUGUCAAUGGUCUGCCUGAAACCUUUAGCCUGUUCAUUUGUUGAUUUACAGUUUCCAAACGGGCAAUUUACAUAUAUAUCUGGUGAAGGACUUAGUACAAGUGCUUUCUUACCUCUUUGUGGUGGCCUUCUACAAGCUCAAGGUCAAUAUCCUGGAGAAAUGAGAUUCAGUUUCUCUCGCAAGAAUAAGUGGGGAACACGCAUCACACCUGUGAUACAAUGGCCAGACAAGUCUUUUACACUGGGUCUUUCACAAGCCUUGGCUUGGCAGCGAUCUGGUCUCAUGGUGAGGCCUACAAUACAGUUCAGGGCUAGGUCCGAAAGACGUCUUUGAGGUCACUGAUGGUUCCAGCAGGACUUUCCCAUUCCAAUCUUAAUUCUUUCCCUGCUAUUUAUGAUUCUGUUGGUUGGGUUGGAUGAAAGGUGUGUUCUCAAGUUGAAUUGGAGCUUAAUAAGAGUAAUUUUGUUGUGAUAUUUCAUAGAGUUACACGAGGUGAUAGAUGCAUAUGAUGCGUGUCUGCAUGUAACUUUACGAAACGGUUGGAAACUUUGGUAUCUUUGACUUGCAAUGUUUAUGUAGCCUAAGUUGUGAUAUUGAUCAUUAGAGGGUUAACUCACAUCAGAUUUCUUUUGCCGAGGGAAAAUUGGUACUGAGCAUGUUUUAAACUACUUUCUUACAUCCCUGUGAAGCGUGUGCACCUCAUUAAUAUUGGCAUCUUUUUAACCGGGUCAAGUAACACAUGCAAAGUCAUCUUUCAUUUUCAUGUGCAAUUUUAACAUUCAUGAUAGUUGGUAUUGACUGACAUGUUUCAU